AUGAACAGAGGAAGAGGUGGAUUUAGAGGUGGCCGUGGUGGUAGAACCGGACCAUCUCAAUUUCAACAAGGACCACCAGAUACCGUUUUAGAAAUGGGUGCUUUUAUGCAAUCUUGCGAGGGAGAUAUUGUUUGUCGUUCCAUAAAUGUUAAAAUUCCAUACUUCAAUGCUCCAAUCUACUUGGAGAACAAAACGCAAGUCGGUAAAGUUGACGAAAUUUUGGGACCUGUGAACGAAGUUUUUUUCACCAUUAAGCCAUCUGAAGGAGUUCAAGCCGAUUCUUUCAAGGACGGUGACAAAUUUUACAUUGGGCCAGAUAAAUUAUUACCGUUAGAAAGAUUCUUGCCUAAGCCAAAGGAAUUCGGUACCAAACCAAAGAAGAAGUCAGCCGGUGGUGCAGGUCGUGGUGGAUUUGGAGGCCGUGGAGGAGCCAGAGGAGGCCGUGGUGGAUUCGGAGGCCGUGGUGGAAGCCGUGGUGGAUUCGGAGACCGUGGUGGUCGUGGUGGAAGCCGUGGUGGAUUUGGUGGCCGUGGUGGAAGCCGUGGUGGAUUCGGAGACCGUGGUGGAUUUGGUGGCCGUGGUGGAAGCCGUGGUGGAUUCGGAGACCGUGGUGGACGUGGUGGUGGAUUCCGUGGUGGCCGUUUUUAA